AUGGUAAAUUCAGCUAGUAAAGAAAGUAUCAAGCUAAUAAAUAAAGAGUUGUAUACAAUUCUCCCACAUGACUUUGAAAGCAUUGUUCAUUAUAACGUUCAAGAAUCAAGUGAUGUGGUGUUUGACAAAAAUAUGAUGAUAUCGGAAUUUGAAAGAAGCAAUAUUUAUUAUGAUGAUAUAGAACUUUCGUCGUUAAAUAUUAGUGAUGAAACGAUUAUUGAUUCAAAUAAAUGUGAUGAUGUAAUUAUAACAACAGAAGACGAACACAUCAUACCACUUAACAAGAGCAAUGAUGUGAUUAUUAUAUCUUUAAACGAAAAAAAUGAAGACAUGACGCAAAGUAUUGAGAAUAGUGAAGUGAUGAAUAAUUCUUCUAAUAAAGAGAAUACAACAAAAAUAUAUGGUUCAAAGAAACGCAAACUUUCUUCUUUGCACCCAUGUGAUGCCAGUAAAUCCAAAAUAAAAAUAGAAGCUAAUGAACAAAAACAUAAUAGAAAAUAUCAGCAAUCACAGCCAAAAUCCAUAAGAUGUGCUAUCACUCGUACUUUGAAAUGCCAUGAAUGUAAAGCUCAGAUUCCGUUUACUAACAGUAUGAGAAAAUGCAUAGCCUGUAAAAUGUUGUCUUGUACCACAUGCGCUGGCAGAGAAAUAAUUGGUUUUGAUGACUGUAUCUGCGAUACUUGUUUUGGAAAGGAUGAUUUAAAUUAA